CCUACAUCACCAGUUGCAGCUGCACACAGGGCGAGUUUAAUCAGUAAAAGUGAUGUGUUAUUUACAAUCAGGGUGGUGAUGAAGCGACUCUGAGAAACUCACCAGCAAAACAGCGCUCUGGAUGUUUUUGAUGAUUACAGAGAUCAGAUUUGAACACCAAGCCUGCAUGAGACUACGAAACCAGCAGAACUGAGGCAAUAUGUUGACGAGCCAUAAUCAACUCCCGCCUCAACUAAAGAAGUUCAGACGAUUUGUGUACAUCAGUCCUGUCAUCACCAUCCUCGCUCUCGCCCAGCUGCUGUGGACCUACAGGACCGACAAGACCUUCCCGUUCUGGACCCAGUACAACCAAGCAACCAGUGAGCCUCAGAUUCCAGUGCAGCUAACAGUGCCUCAACAACAUGGUCCAGGACAAAUGGCUCCUCUGGGACAAAAGGUGCCUCUUGUAGCAGUUAAUGCGACAAAGACGUUGCUGGUGGCAGCUUAUCAGGAGCACCGCACAACGAAAAAGGAGGUUCGUGUUAUUGCAGUGGUGCUCAGGAGCGAGAUAGUUGCCUAUCGCUGCUUCCUCCGUUGUCAGGAGCAACUGCACAUCUCUGAAGCAGUCAUGAACGUCCACAUUGAUCACUUUGACUUUGUGUACGGGACAGCAGACAUCAUGUGCCCUGUCCCCUCAGGCUGUGAGGCCCCAUCUCAUAUUGCUGUGACCUCAGCUGCAGCCAACUCUGAAGAUAAACUGGACAACAAGUUUUUGGAGGUGAAGAACCAGAAGGUGCAAAGUGACUCUUUUCCUUACAACUUCACUGUCUGCUUCUCCACCAUGUUUGAUUUCACCAACGUUCUGCAGCUUGUCCAGAGUUUGGAAAUGCUGCAGUUACUGGGGGUCAACAGAGUUAUCAUCUACAAGACUAGCAGCAGCCCUGAAACACAGAGUGUACUGGACUACUACACACACAAAGGUUUAGUAGAGGUGAUUCCUUGGUCUUUCUCCAGAUUUCUGAAUGUGUCACAUGGAUUCAGUCCCAGCCACGGUCCAGGUGACCUCCACUACUUCGGCCAGAUUCCUGCUCUGAAUGACUGUAUAUAUAGAUACAUGUACCAAUCCCGAUAUGUGGCCCUGCACGAUAUGGAUGAGCUCAUACUGCCCCAGUCAGUCAACAGUUGGUUGGAGCUGUUGCCUCUGCUGGAAAAGAAGUAUGGCGCUGACCGCUGUUACAUGUUUGAGAAUAAUGAGUUCCCCAUCACCUACACAUUGCCUCCUCCCGCCUCCCAGAGUCCACCCCCACAGGGCUGCUGCCCCAGCUGGCGGAAUGUGUCCGGGGUGAACAUCCUGGCUCACCUGUUCCACGUGCCCAUCAUUACAAAGACUCAUUACAGCAACUUCAAGAUCAUAGUCAACCCCCGAGCUGUGUUUGCCCCAAGCGUCCACGGACUGCUGAGCUCAAAGAACGGCUGCUCCUGGGUUGACAGAACUAUAGCACGGAUGUACCACACAAGAGUGCUGAGAAAUACCAAGAUGAGACCAGACCAGCUGAUUUAUGAUGGCCGACUACUGAGCUACAGCACCCACCUCAUACCGAAUGUCAAUACUGUGUUCAGAGAGAGUGGACUCCUUCCAGAAGACGGCAUACACUAGCGUGUGCAUGUGGCAAUAUUUUUCACUGCUUAUUUUAGUUUACGAUAAUAAACCUGGUUUAUUAGUAAUAAUAUUGUUCAAGAGAGCAGGAAUGGUUCUGUAGCAGCAGUGUAACACGUAAAUGUAACGCUGUGGACCGUGUGAUGAGCUCUUUAUAUCUAUAUUCCUAUUCCACGUAGUCCGUCAUGUUGCUACAGUAGCUAAGAACAGACAAACCAAACACAACUCUACAGAGAGCCUUUCACGUUUUUUUGUUACCUAAUUGUCACCGUUGUGGCUGGAUUGUUAACCCUCGAUUUGAGAAAUUCUCACAAGAUGGUUGAGGUUAGGCAUUGACCUUGAAUGAUCAAGGCUAGGAUAGGUUGUCAUGAAGUUUUAACUUGCACCAGCUUAUCAAAAAUACUUAUUCAAUAUAAAUAACGUGUACGACACUGGAGACAAGGGCAAUGGAUUGUCAAAGUGUUCGAAACAUGAAGUUGUUUACAAAAAAGCAGAAUGAAAUGAAAUGUUACAGUUAUGGAGAAAGGGGAGAACCCAAAUGCUAAAAGAACAAACCAGUAUUGGCACAAGGGAACAUCAGGUAACAUAGUUGACAAACUGACCAGGAACAAACGAAACGGACAGACACACACACACACACACACACACUAAUCACAAGAACGGGACACAGCUGGAGGAUGCAGGCAAAGAGACAUAGGCAGGGUGAUUGGACACAGGAGGAUCUAAUGAGGGCAGGGCAAAAGGGCUGCAGCCUUCGAGGCUGCAUUUGUAGACCGAUUACGUCACAGCGGCCGCGACAGGGAUGUCCCAUAUCGGCGGUUCCUUCAAAUGCAAUUUCCGAUUUGGAGGAUACAUCUGAUGUAUCCUUCACGGCCGCAGGUAUCCCAAGAUUCAUUGCACGCCCAGAGAAGUCUUUCCGACGAGAAAUGGCGCCCCUCAAACCAGCAGUAACAGCAAAUGGAUAUACUUUUAAAUGUAAGUAUUGGGUUUCAACUCGCUCGAAUAGCUAACGAUACUAAUGUUAUAAAAUCAAAGGACCUUAUAACAUAACAUUUUCGCUAAAAUGAUAGGUUAAGUUACGCACUUUCGGACUAGAGCUCGCCAGAGUGAUUGGAAUUCUGCGGCUCAAAAUGACGCUUACCUGCUAGGGCUAGCGGAUUAUUUUAAAGAUGAACUGGUAUCUUUUGAGUUACCAUCCUCGCUAGAUGGAUUAAUCGAACUCCCGUCCAGACUGGAUCGGCGGAUCCAGGUGAGGAGGCGAGAGAGACGACAGCGGCCACUAGGUCACCUCACAUCCAGCCGGCAGCGAAGACCUGCGGCGCCCACCAGUUUCGAUGCUGAGCCAUUGCCAGGUGGACCUGAGCCCAUGCAGGUGGGGCGCACCAGCCUCACCUUAGAGGAACAUGAGCACCGUAGACGAAGGAACCUCUGUCUAUACUGCGGCCAGGGUGGCCAUUUCGUUUCCAGAUGCCCAGCAAAAGACCGGGCUCACCAGUAAUGGGGAACAUACUGGUGAGCCGAACCCAAAGACUCUUCCCCAACCAAAGAGCCCUGUGUCACGUUCGACUCCUGUUGACUGACGGGUCCCACGCCCUCGCUACGUUCAUUGACUCCGGGGCUGAUGUUAGACUGAUUACAGGGGCCUCAAUGACAUCACGGCUACCAUCUUUACGAAGUUGGACCUUCGCAAUGCCUACCACUUAGUUCGGAUCCGGGAGGGAGACGAGUGGAAGACGUCUUUUAACACCGCCUCUGGACAUUAUGAAUACCUGGUGAUGCCGUUUAAAUGAUGUUCUUAGAGACAUGUUGAACAAGCAGGUGUUCGUAUACCUAGAUGACAUCUUGAUCUACUUCCGUACCAAGGGGGAACAUGUGCAUCAUCUCCAGGCCGUCCUUCAACGCCUGCUUGAGAACUCGCUGUUUGUAAAGACCGAGAAAUGUGAGUUCCAUACCACCUCUGUCUCGUUUCUGGGAUACAUCAUGGGACGGGGGAGCAUGCAGAUGGACCCUGCCAAAGUCUCCGCGGUCACCUCCUGGCCUGUUCCUGACUCGCGUAAGCAGUUACAGCGGUUCCUGGGGUUCGCAAACUUUUACCGAAGGUUCAUCCGUGGCUACAGCACGGUGGCUACCCCACUCACGGCCCUCACCUCUUCAAAGGUGCUGUUUCAGUGGUCUCCCUUGGCUGAGGGGGCUUUCCAGAACCUCAGGUCCCGUUUCACCUCUGCUCCCAUCCUGCGAGUUCCGGACCCGGAGAGACAGUUCGUGGUGGAGGUGGACGCCUCCGACGUAGGGGUAAGGGGCAUCUUGUCGCAGAGGGCGGCCGACGACCAGAAGCUUCACCCUUGUGCCUUCUCUAAAAGAUUUUCGCCAUCGGGAACCGGGAGUUAUUGGCGGUUAAGCUGCCGCUGGAGGAAUGGCGUCACUGGCUCGAGGGGACCAAGCUGCCUUUUCUGGUUUGGACUGACCACAAGAAUUUGGCGUACAUCCAAUCAGCCAAGAGACUGAACUCCCAGCAGGCCAGGUGGUCCCUAUUCUUCACCAGGUUCAACUUUUCUCUGUCCUACUGGCCUGGUUCCCACAACAUUAAACCAGACGCCCUGUCUCGUCUGUUUGUGGGAGGGGAGGACUCCGUCACCGAGCUGGUUCCCAUCUUACCAGUACCCCGCUUGAUUGCGUCUUUAUCUUCCGGAUUCCACCCACAAUCAAAUGGGCCGACAGAACAGAAAAUUCAGGAGAUGGAGACAGCACUUCGGUGCAUGAUUUCCAAUCAUUCCUGACUUCUUUUAUUUAUUUGUUAAAGGUAUUGGGGACGUCAGGAACCGUCCCUUGACCGGGGGGGUUCUGUCACAGUCUGCUCCAAUUCUUCCUACCUCAGCCCGGUACUUUUUCACACCUCGCCUCCUUCUCACCUCACCAGCCAGCCACUCCCACCUCAUCACCUCACCUUGGGCUCAGGCUGCUGCCAAUUAAUCAAGCCCUUAUUUAAGCCUCUCCCAGUCACUCACUCAGUGCCAGAUUGUUCUCUACUUAUGUCAGACUUUCCAGCGAUUACCCCCGGACUGAUUUCUUGUUACCAACCCUGCCUGUCUCCGAACUACCCGCCUCGUCAAAUCCCCGGAAUACCCACCAGCCUUCUGUCCCCGACCUCGAGCUCGGUUUCCUCAUCUCUGAACCUGGGUUACUUAUGUCUGAGUAAGACCCUCUGCUGUGUGAAAUUAUCAUUUUGCAUUAAGUCUCUGCAUGUGUCCUGGGAUUUCCUGUACCUGCCUGUUCCAGUAAAUAAACCUGUGUAUCUACAA